CAUUCCUAAAAUAUUGCUCUCUCGUCAUUCUGUAACACAGCCGUACUUGGUCAACAUGGCUGUUUUGGAUAGUUGUCAGUUUUUUGUAACUUUAGUGCUCAUAUUAUUUGCUUCUUUUUCGGUUACUAACGGAAGAUCUAUAAUAGAUGAAGACGAAACAAACACGAAUGAACAGGGCGAUCAUGUAAUCUCACAGCCUUACUUUGAAAAUUUUUAUCAAAGGAAUGUGACCAUCACCGAGGGGAAGAGUGCCUACCUCCACUGCCGUGUAAGGAACUUGGGCAAUAAAACGGUUGCAUGGGUUCGUGUACGAGAUCUGCAUCUCCUGACGCUCGAUAUUGUGACCUACACGAGCGACUCGAGGUUCCGUUCUAUUCAUGAUGACGACACAGACGAUUGGACCCUCAAGAUCAGCUUCACAAAGUUGAGAGAUUCAGGCAUUUAUCUAUGCCAAGUCAAUGCGGAACCUUGGAUUACGCAACAUUUCAAGCUCAACGUAGUCGAGGAGGAUCCAUCUAAAAAGGAUGGAUAUAGUAUCAACGGCAGAAGUUCUUCCUAUACUACUUUGCAACACUUCCAUCUUCUUCUGUGCAUGAUUCUUCGAAUAACCCUACCACUUCCACACCUCGGGAUGAUGCUCUCAUCCCCCCUCCCCUGGUGAUACAAAUAAAUUCGACCCUGUAAUGUAAUUCACUAGGACAUGUAACGCCUAUCUAAAGCGAAUUAAAAAAAUAUAUUGUGUGUUUAAAAUAAUAUUAUUAUGUAAUUUUAAUGUUUUGUAGCAUAAAAUGCAGUAGACAUAUAUAAAUUACUAUUAUAUGAAAUAGUGCAUUAUUGUAUUAAACAGUACUGUAUAAACAGA